AUGGACAACAGCAACCGCUUGUUCCGUUUCUCCAAGCCUGAGUGGCUGAACAACGCUGCCGUCCGUAACGCUGGCGUGUCCGUCGCCGGCGCGCUGUUCGCCGUGGGAUUCUUCUUCAUGAUCGAUGCUGCGUCGUUCUCGCACAGCCCCCGCAAUGGCUCCGACGUGCACGUCAUGUUUGUCGACUGGAUCCCCUUCAUCUUUUCCUCGAUCGGCAUGCUUGUUAUCAACUCCAUCGAAAAGUCCCGUCUGCAGGCCGAUAGCUUCAGCUACAGCGGCAGCGGUGUUGCCUGGAAGGCCCGCUUCGUCCUGUUCCUUGGGUUUUCCAUGCUGGCUGGUGGCCUCGCAGGUAGUGUGACGGUUAUGGUCCUCAAAUAUCUCAUCAAGGAUUACCCGAUUCAGACGCUCUACUUCGGAAUCGCCAAUGUCAUUGCCAAUGCUUUGACCAUGCUCAGCACUGUUGUACUGUGGGUCUCGCAAAACAUCGAAGAUGACUACACUUACAAUCUUGCUCUAUAA